AUGGAAAUAGUCAGGGGCAUGAGGGAUGACAGUCACGAUAGCGUUGAUAGUAGUCACAUGAUUAAAAAUGGCGUUUGCGAAAAGGAAAAUGACAUUCACGUGAUGAGCGAUGAGGAGGAAGUUAUGUUGCCUACAGACAAGAUGUUAAUCUCGAAAUCAACGGGGACAAGAAAUGCAAUGGGAGAGUUUAUUCCUGGUGAUGGAGAAAAACCUUUUACCGAACUAUCAUUACCAAGCCCAGGACCUUCGAGCUAUAGCCUAAGGGUGGGGCUAACCAAACCAAUGGUUCCCUCGUAUUCAAUUGUGGGCAGAGGCAAGGACGAGCUGAGUGAGUUGAGACAAUCUGUAUAUUUAGGAAAUUUGAGUCCAGGUCCCAAAUACGACACGAGUGAUGACGUUGUGUGGAAAAGAAAAACAUGCAGCUUAAAAUCCAAACUGGAAACAUCACCAUAUCGACCACACCAUAGUGAUCACCUGACCUGCAGUCUUGGAAGUGCUGCGUACAAGGUCGAUUACUACGAAACUGGACGACACGCUCCGAAGUGCACGAUUGCGACAAGAUUUAGUGAGCCUGUCAUUCCUGGUCCUCCAAACUCAGCCAUUGAACCUGUCGACACUAAAGGUUUUUCAACUCCGGGUCCAAGUUACUUUCCAUCUUCAUCCCAAGCUAUGGAGAAAUCUUUUGGUCUGAAAUGUAAUAUAGCAGUAGAUAAUGGUGUCCCGGGUCCAGGAAAAUACACAAUUGAAAAAAAAAACAGUGGAUCGCAGUACUCAUUUGGUCGUAAAGUCAGCCAUCGUUCACGUAUGUCCUUUUGUUAA